UCUCGUGGAAAUAACAGUAAACGCAUUUCCCCUCACUUGCGAAGCUGGAGUCUUGAGAAAACCAAAACAUUGUGAGCUUGUGCUUCCCUAAGAAUGCAGAAUCCGAUGAUUAUGGACAUCUUCAGCAAGUUUCAGCACAGCCUCAACACCGAACAAGAGCUCAGAGAGGAAAUCCGUCUGACUAUCCGUGAAAUUGAUCAGUCAGCCAAAGAAGCAGUGAUUGCUCUUCAAGUGAUCCACACAAGCAUUGCAGAUGUUUCACAGGGAUGCCUGAAGGCACGAGAGCGGUUCCAGGAGUGCCAGAAGGGAUACAGGAAGCUGGCUGAGAUCGUUCCCGCCGGGCAGUAUUACCGCUACUGCGAUCACUGGCACUUCCUAACACAGAAGCUGGUUUCCCUUGUGGCGCUCACGGUGUACUUGGAGGCGGGCUUUCUCGUCUCUCGCGACACCGUGGGCGAAGUUUUGGGCCUGGAAGUGAAUCAGGCGAAUGGAUUUCACAUCGAACUUGAAGAUUAUCUUGUCGGUGUGCUGCAAAUGGUUACCGAACUGGCCAGAUUUGCUGUGAAUUCCGUCACACUGGGCGAUUACCAGAGACCUUUAAUGAUCUCUCGCUUCGUGGCGGAUUUAAAUGCCGGUUUCCGGAUGCUGAACUUGAAGAACGACAGCCUGAGGAAGAGAUUCGACGCUCUGAAGUACGACGUGAAGAAGAUCGAGGAGAUUGUCUACGACGUGAGCAUUCGAGGCUUAGCCAAGGCGAAUCCUGCUCCAGUGACGACUUCAGAGGACAAGCAGGAGAACGCAGAGAAGACGGAGUGAUUUCUUGCUGUGUUGUAAACUAAAGUUCGCCAUUAUUCUUAACAUUUUUGUAUUACCUUUUGAAAUACAUAAGCGAGCAACUUUCCUUCACCAAUUUGAAGGUGCUGAAACUUAUCGACUGUUAUCAAUUUUCUUCGUAAAACACUCUGCAAGAGUUACACAUUUAUAAUAAUGAUAGUAACUUAUGCUUUACACAUGGCUGCCUUCUAACACCAAUUCAAAAUUGUCCAAAACUGAAGCUUCUGAAAUUUGCAACAAUAAUUUGGCACGAAGAUAUUAUUGAUUUCAUCACCAACAUCUUGUCGAUUCUGCAUGAGACGACAACACGUCAGGAAAUUCAUGUCGAGGAAAUGAUGAAUAUCCCUUCACACUGCUCGACAAUUUCAAUAAUCCGAAAUUAAGAUUUAAGAUAUAUAAGUAAUCUGAACUGUACUGAUAAUUCUGAUAAAAAGCAAGAAUAGAGUAAAAAC